GUCCGCCCUGGCGGCAGGUACUCUCCCGACAGCCCGGAAAAGCGGGAAGCGGAAGAGGGCGCGCGACGAUCGCGACGGGCAUAAAUCAAGAGCCGACGAAAGCUCCCGCGCAGUUAGCCAGAGAACACCGAAAGCGAACCUCGGCGAAAGCCCAUUUCGUCAUAAUAAUAAAAUAAAAAGCAAUUGUUCGUUCGUUCGUUCGGUCAAUUACUUCGUAGUUAGAUAGCUCCGUAAACGGACCUAGAAAAAGAAGUUAUACGCAACUUUAUACUUACACGAUUUUACACGGACGAGCGCGGAUGAUCCCUUUCGAUUUUGGUCCUUGAUCCAUUCCGCUUAGCUACCCCCCUCUGCCCCUCUCUCUAAGAUGGCGCGCCCACGGAGUCUGGCGUUACGGACAACCGUCCAGCUUUCACAUCGGUGGGCGGUACCUGGUGUGCGACGGCAAUAUAGCGCUGCCAGCGCCGCGAUCGCCACCAGCUCUAGGUUCAAGCCAUGUCUCGUGCGAUCGCAUCGGUAUUAUUCAACCGAAGCGCCGACAAAAGCGCCACGGGGCGGUUCGAAGCUCUUCAAGUCCGCGGACGAGGCUGUCGCAGACUUGAAGGACGGCGAUGUUAUCCUAAGCGCUGGUUUUGGGUUAUGUGGUGUCGCUGAAACUCUCAUCCAAGCGAUCCACAAGAAAGGACUCAAGAACUUAACGGCCGUUUCGAAUAAUGCCGGCUCCGGCGACCACGGCCUAGCCCUUCUCACGCAAGACGGACGGUUAAACCGCAUCAUUCUCUCAUACCUAGGGUCGAAUAAGGAGCUCGAGAAGCAAUACCUCACAGGGAAGAUCGCCGUCGAGUUAUGCCCGCAAGGCACACUGGCGGAGAAGUUAAGGGCAGCUGGUGCCGGUAUCCCAGCGUUCUACACGGCAACGGGCGGGAAGACGUUCAUCGAAACGGGCGAAAUACCCGUGAGGUUCACCCCCGAAGCCGUCCUGGAGAAGGGCAAGCCGAAGGAGACGAGGGUUUUCAAUGGAAAAUCUUACAUCAUGGAAACCGCGCUUCCUGGAGAUGUGGCGAUCCUGAGGGCGUGGAAGGUUGAUGAAGCUGGAAACUGCGUAUUCAAAUACACGACAAAGACAUACGCAGGCCUCAUGGCCAAAGCCGCGCGCAUCGCCAUAGUCGAGGCCGAGAACAUCGUCCCGAUCGGGUCCAUCGACCCAGACGUCGUCGACCUCCCCGGCAUCUUCAUCGACCGCAUCGUGCCAGCAACCGCACCGAAGAACUUCGAAGUCCUAAAAACCGCCCCGCCUAAACCGGACGCGUCCGCCUCAGGCCAACCCGCCACGCUCGACUCGCGAAACCGCAUCGCCCGCCGCGCGGCCAAGGAGCUGCACGACGGGUACUACGUCAACCUCGGCGUCGGCAUCCCGACGCUAGCCGCCUCGUAUCUGCCCGAGGACACCAAGGUGUGGCUGCAGUCCGAGAACGGCAUCCUGGGCAUGGGCCCGUACCCGGCGACGGAAGCGGACGCGGACGCGGACCUGAUCAACGCGGGCAAGGAGACGACGACGCUGUUGCCGGGCGCGUCGACGUUCGACUCGGCCGAGUCGUUCGGCAUGAUUCGCGGCGGGCACGUCGACGUGUCGAUCCUAGGCGCGUUCCAGGUCUCGGCUUCGGGAGACUUGGCUAAUUACAUGAUUCCCGGGCGCGUGUUCAAGGGUAUGGGCGGCGCUAUGGAUCUCGUGUCGAACCCCGACCACACUAAGAUCGUGGUGGCGACCGAACAUGUCGAUAAGAAGGGCCGUAGCAAGAUCGUUCAGGACUGUCUACUACCUCUUACAGGCAAGGGUGUUGUUAGUACUAUUAUCACGGAUCUUGCCGUCUUCCAGGUUGACCGCGUCAAGGGUGGUUUGACGCUCACUGAGAUUGCGGAGGGGGUUGAUUUGGAAACUGUCAAGGCGAAGACUGAUGCUGAGUUUGCGGUCGCAGACGAUUUAAAGACGUUCUAGACUUAAAGAGAUAAGAUGAGAUGGGAUGAGUAAAGAUGGUGUAAUAUGGAGCAUAUGUCGGGAGGUUAUGUUUAUUGUAUAUAGAAUCAUGCACACUGCUUAUAGGAAUAGGGACAAUUAGCAUUUUUCAUGUAUAAACAAGCGUCUUUGUCCAUCCAAGGUGGUUAAUCC